AUGGCGGCGGUGUUGCCCAGGACCCUGGGUGAGCUGCAGCUCUACAGGAUCCUGCAGCGGGCCAACCUGCUCUAUUACUAUGAGGCCUUCAUCCAGCAGGGUGGUGAUGAUGUGCAGCAGCUCUGCGAGGCAGGGGAAGAGGAGUUCCUGGAGAUCAUGGCCCUCGUGGGCAUGGCCAGCAAGCCGCUGCACGUGCGGCGCCUGCAGAAGGCUCUGCGGAACUGGGUAACCAACCCGGCUGUCUUCAACCAGCCGCUCACCUCACUGCCUGUCUGCAGCAUCCCCGUCUACAAGCUUCCUGAGGGCUCGCCAACGCUGCUCAGUGCCCAGGAACGCUCCAACACCGCCAGCGUCAAGGUGCCCAAAGUCGUGGCCGCUGCCUGCUCCGACCCCGGGAAGCUGGAUGUGGCAAGAGACAAAGUGUCAACCGGGUCACCCCUGCAGGGGAGCAGCGAGGUUCGGUUCUGGUCGGGCCAUAGCAAUGACAGCGAGCACAGCUUGUCUCCAUCAGACCUGGGCUCGCCGUCCUCACCCAGAGACGCUUUAGAGUCUCUGGACGCUGCGGCAGUCCAGUCAGUCCUGGAGUGCGUGGACAGGAUGGCGCCCGGACUUCCUAAGUCGGACCUAUCUGAGGUCAAAGAGCAGCUGAAGACCAACAAGAAGCUGGCGAAGAUGAUCGGACACAUCUUCGAGCUGAGCGACGAAGACCCGCGGAAGGAGGAGGAGAUCCGGAAGUACAGCGCCAUCUACGGGCGUUUUGACUCCAAGAGGAGGGACGGCAAACACCUGACACUGCAUGAGUUGACGGUGAACGAGGCCGCGGCCCAGCUCUGUAUGAGAGACAUGGCUCUAUUGACGCGCCGGGACGAGCUGUUCGGACUGGCCCGGCAGAUAUCCAGAGAAGUCACCUACAAGUACACCUACCGGACCAGCAAGUCUCGAUGUGGCGACAGAGACGAACCCUCGCCUAAAAGGAUUAAAACUGAGGAGAACUUCUUCGACAUCCAGGAGGCCUUGCAGGCCAUCCACAUGAGGCAGGAGAUGCUGAGGGAGCAGCUGGCCUGCGCCAAGUCCAAAGGAGAGGAAACCGUCGGACGCAGCCUGCAGAUGCAGCUGGAGCGUCUGCUGGCGAGGCAGAUGGAGAUCCUGCAGGACGCCGCCGUCCAGGAGCGCCUCCAGGCUCUGGACUGGAGGAUCCCCCCCGCCGCCUUAAAGUACCUCAGCGACGCUCCAAACACCAACGGAGCCCCCGCUGACGCCAGCAGAGACAGCCAAGAAGAUCGACCAAUCAAUUUGCGAGUGGUCAGUCAGAGCAUGCAGGAAGGCGACCUCCCGUUGGGCAAGCAGCUAGCCAAUGAGCUGAAGCGCCAUCAUAACCACAACCACAUCAACAACAUCAACAACAACAACACCAACAACAACAACAACAGCUCAGACGAGACCAAAACACCAGCAGCAGAAAACGGAACAUCUCAGCGGACGUGCAACAACACAGAGAAGAAGAUCAUCAAAUCAGAGCCUGAAGACUCUACAUAGUGCCUCCCCCCCCCCACCCUCUUCAUCCUACUCACACUUGACCGUAUGCAGUUAUUACCCGUCAGUAGAUACUAAGCAAGCACAGCCACAGUAGAGCCUUAACAACCAACGUUGCCUCAUUUGAAUAGCAUUUAUUUUUUAUUUCCUUUAGCCUUUUUUUUUUUCUUUCUAAAAGUAUUUGCCAA